AUGACGGCGGCCAUCAUGCUGUUGAUGUUGUUUGUCUCCAUGAACCCCGAGGGAGGGGACCCCACACCCACCACCGCCCUCAUCAGUGGGUCCCCGGAAUCAGCAAUUAACCGCCGGCGCCGCAGCUGGCUGUGGAACCAGUUCUUCGUGAUCGAGGAGUACCGGGGGCCAGAGCCCGUGCUGAUCGGACGGCUGCACAGCGACAUGGACGCGGGCGACGGCCGCACGCGCUACACCCUGGAGGGCGAGGGCGUGGGCUCCGUGUUCGUCGUCGACGGCAACACGGGCAACAUCCACGUCACCAAGUCGCUGGACCGCGAGGAGAAGGAGCAGUACCGGCUGGUCGCCACGGCGACAGACCGGCGCACGGGCCGCGCCCUGGAGCCGUCCUCCGAGUUCCUGAUCCGCGUGCAGGACAUCAACGACAACGCGCCCGCCUUCGCCCGCGGGAGCUACGUCGCCACGGUGACCGAGAUGGCCGACAUGGGAACCUCCAUCAUCCAGGUGACGGCGCUGGACGCAGACGACCCGUCCUACGGUUAUAGCGCCCGGCUGGUGUACACAGUAACCCACGGCCAGGACGCCUUCUCCGUCGACGCCCAGACAGGGGUGCUGAGGACGGCGGUGGCAGACAUGGACCGCGAGACCCAGGAGGAGUACCUGGUGGUCCUGGAGGCCAAAGACAUGGGGGGCCACCAGGGGGGGCUCUCAGGGACCACCACCGUCACCGUGACGCUGGCCGACGUCAACGACAACCCGCCCCACUUCAGGCGCAGCGCGUGGACCUUCUCGGUCUCCGAGCUGGCGGCGCCGGGCGUGGAGGUGGGCCGUCUGACGGCGUCGGACCCCGACCUGGGGGUCAACGCCCAGCUGGACUUCACCCUGGUAGACACGGACGGCGCUGGAGACACCUUCAACCUCACGGCCCGGGACCGCGAGGCCGUCAUCGUGCUCAACAAGCUGCUGGACUUCGAGAGCCGCAGCUCGUACUCCUUCUCCGUGGAGGUGUCCAACCCGGUGGUGGACCCCCGCUUCCUACGCAAGGGGCCCUUCAAGGACCUGGCGGGGGUCCGGGUCCUGAUCCUGGACGCCGACGAGCCCCCGCGCUUCUCCCGGCCGCGGUACCGCCUGGACGUGUCGGAGAACUGCCCCCCGGUGUGCUCGGUGGGCCGUGUGUCGGCGGUGGACCCCGACUCUCCCCCCUCCCCUGCCAGGUAUUCCAUCGAUCCGCAGUCGGACCCCGAGGCGGUCUUCCGUAUCGGCUCUGACACCGGCUUCAUCACCACGGUGAUAGAGCUGGACCGCGAGCAGGAGCAGUGGCACAACAUCACCGCCAUCGCCACCCAGAGAGACAACCCCAGCCUGGUGACACGGGUGGUGGUUGCCAUAGAGACGCUGGAUCAGAACGACAACGCGCCGGAGCUGGACCGGCAGUACGCCACGGCCGUGUGUGACUCCAGCGCCCCCGGCCAGGUGGUGCAGGUCCUGAGAGCCAUCGACCGGGACCAGGGUGGAGCCGACAGCCCGGUUCUCCAUGUUCCUCAUGGUCUCCACCCUGUCCUCCACCCUGUUCCUCAUGGUCUCCACCCUGUUCUCCACCCUGUUCCUCAUGUUUCCACCCUGUUUCUCAUGUUCUCCACCCUGUUCUCCAUCCUGUUCUCCACCAUGUUCUCGAUCAUGUUCUCCACCCUGUUCUCCACCCUGUUCCUCAUGUUCUCCACCCUGUUCUCUACCCUGUUCCUCAUGUUCUCCACCCUGUUCUCCACCCUGUUCCUCAUGUUCUCCACCCUGUUCUCCAUCAUGUUCUCCACCCUGUUCUCCACCCUGUUCUCCACCAUGUUCUCUAUCAUGUUCUCCACCAUGUUCCUCAUGUUCUCCAUCCUGUUCUCCACCCUGUUCUCCACCCUGUUCCUCAUGUUCUCCACCCUGUUCUCCACCCUGUUCCUCAUGUUCUCCACCCUGUUCUCCACCCUCUUCUCUUUAUGGUCCCUGGUGGUGGGCCCGGGGCUGGCCCCCCUCCCGGGCUCCGGCCCCCCCGGCGCCCCCCUGCUCCUCAGCCUGUACGUGCCGGUGGUGCUGCGGGACCUGGGCUCGGGGCUGGCCAGCACGGGCACGGUGACGGUGACCGUGUGCCCCUGCCUGCUGGGGGGCAUGCGCACCGAGGAGCGGGCGGGGCGGGGGGCGCGGCGGGGGGAGGGGCCCGCCGUCUGCAUGGCCCCGCCCUCGCCCUCCACCUCGCUCAUCUUCAGCAUGAAGCCGGACUCCCUCUGCCCGCAGGCCGGAGAUGAGGACCUGAGGGAGAACAUCAUCUCCUACGACGACGAGGGGGGGGGCGAGGCCGACACGGCCGCCUUCGACAUGGCCGCCCUGCAGAGCACGCAGCGCGCACAACACAUGCACACCGCGCACAACCACACGCACAACAACGCACACCACAACCCCAACAUCUGGAGCCGCGCCCCCCGCCCGGCCGCGGCCCCGCCCCCUCGACCACGCCCGGGCUCCGCCCCCAUGUACGGCCGCCGCUACGCCGCGCACACGUUGCCCUCGCCCCGGGACCCCCCCCUGCACCUCCCCCAGCUCGCCCACCUCGGAGCCCCGCCCGGGUGGAGGCAGCAGGCUGACCGGAGCUUCAUUAGCAUGCUGGCUAAUGCUAACGCUAGCAUGCGGGCUAACGCUAGCAUGCUGGCUAACGCUAGCGGCAUCGCUACAGCUGCCGCUGGCCUUGGCGAUGUGACGACUGCGGCAGGAGGCGUCGGGGAGCAGGUCCAGAGGAACCCUGCGGUGAUUCAGAACGAUCACGAGGAGCGAGGGGGGGGGUCGGCCCCCACCAGCCCCACCGCGUCCGGCUCCACGCUCGACGACACCGACUCCUCCCUCCCCUCCCUCCCCUCCUUGUCGGGGCCUCCCUGUCACCGUGGCAACGAGGUGACCCCUCCCCCCGACUCCUACAGCAUCGUGGGGUCGCUGAGCCGCCGUGGGGCCCGGGGGCGGGGCCCGGGGGCCAGCACGGGGGAGGCAGCGGCCUCGCUCCCCAUGCGCAUGGAGGACUUCCUGAACUUCCGGCUGAAGCGCGUGACCUUCGACCUCACGCAGCCGCCCUACGACUCGCUGCAGACCUACGAGUUCGAGGGUCGGGGGUCGCGGGCGGGGUCGCUGAGCUCGCUGGAGAGCGAGGAGGCGGGGGAGGAGGAGCGGGGGGGAGGGGCAGGGGGCGGCGGCAUGGCGGCGCUCAACCAGAAGUUCAGACGGCUGGAGACAGGGACGGAGCUACAAGAGGAGGAGGAGGAGGAGCUCGGGAAGAGAUGGGACUUCUAG